ACAACUUAUUUCAUAAACUUCUUUACAUCCAUCAUUCAUAUAGUUUUCAUUAGCAACCAACAAUGUCUUACGUUAAGGUUUUUGAAAGCAUCGACAAAAACAAAGAUGGUAAAAUUUCAUGGGACGAGUUCUCUCAAUGGAUCCGUGCUUUCUCUCCUUUGAUGACGUCUGAAGAAAUCGAUGAGAUGUUCACAGAGCUUGAUGCUGAUGGUGACCGUCAAAUAGAUAUUGUAGAAUUCGCCAAGUGCUAUGUGGUUGGCGAAAAAGAAGAAGAAGAAGAAGCUGUUCUGAAAGAAGCUUUUGAUCUGUAUGAUAUUAAUCGUGAUGGGAAGAUUUCACCGGGUGAGCUUCAUGUUGUGUUGAAGCGUCUUGGAAGGAAUAAGUCAAUGGAGGAAUGUGCUAGCAUGGUUGGUGCCGUUGAUGCAGACCAAGAUGGUCAUGUUAGCUUUGAAGAAUUCAAGACUAUGAUGAAUUCUGACAAGAGGUUACUAUGAUUUUACCUAUAUUUUCUUUAGUUUAUGCUUUUGCUUUCUCUUUUAUGAAUGUAGUUUUAUUAACUUCAAAGUUAUCG